AUGUCGUCCGAGUACCCGACCAAGUCUGGGCUAAGAAGUUGGGUGGACCCUGAUACUCCUGUUAAUCGAAAAACUUACACAACCUCUCGCGGACGACAAUGGGAGCUCAUUAUGAGUGACGAGUUCAACGUUGCUGAUCGAAGCUUUCGCCCGGGUGACGACCACAUGUGGACAUCGAUCGAAAAACCUGACGGAGUCAACGGAGCUCUAGAGAUCUACUCACACAACAUGACGAGUACCAAGUGCGACGACGAUGGUAACUGCUACUUUUACAUCGAAGUAGCUAGUGAUAACACCACUUUUUCCGUCUACAACAUGUACAAGCAUCCGCCAGGAUACCAAAAUACAACAUUUUACUAUCGUGCAGCUAUGGUACAAUCCUGGAACAAAUUCUGCUAUCAAGGAGGAAUGCUCGAGGUUCGAGCACAAUUACCCGGUGCAGUGUCAGCGGCUUCGGGUAACCCCGAUCUGGCACGUGGGAAUAAUGAGCAAGUAACCGACACCUCAUACUAUCCGUCGUGGCCAGGUAUCUGGAUGAUGGGGAACCUUGGUAGAGCUAUCUUUUCUGCCUCGACAAACCGCAUGUGGCCGUUUUCAUACGAUCGAUGUGAGCCAGAUAUUUUUGACCCGAGCAACCAGCGCAUUAGUGCUUGUGACAAUGACCCAGGCUACGGAUUGAAUACCAACCAAGGACGUGGAGCUCCUGAAAUCGAUUUACUCGAAGGUGGUGGUUUGGCCAUCUCGUCUUCGUUGCAAAUCGCACCAGGUAUGCCUAGCGAAUUCCGUCUCUUCCCUCCAGACCCUGAUGGAAUUGACGCUACCAACCCGUAUUGCGUAUACGCGUACGACUGUAAGACGGAAGGAGCCAACUUGAUUGAUGUUCCAACGGCAUACUACAAACAGAAACGAGGACACAAGUCUUGGUACCAAAGUCUUCGGUAUAGUUCAAACAACCGGUGUGCCAAGAAGAGUGCCAAUGUUCAGAGCUUCGCCACAGUUGACGCAUCCGUUCGUCGUGGUAUCACGGAAAACUCUUGUACCACAACGACAUGCCCUGCUUCACUGGAUCUCAAUGGUAACAUGGAUCUAAUUGAUGGAACUGGCAGAAACCACUGGGGAAUCAAUUCCAACGGCACGUGCUUUCCAGUCAUGAAUUCGUACAUGGGGGCCUACCUCUGCGAUCCGGACAGUACAGACGCACGUUGUGCUAGUCCUCGUCCUACCACCACGGAAAAGUCAAACGCCAUGGACCCGUUCAACUAUCAAAUGGAUGCUAUUUCGUCAAAUUGGCCCGUCCACCUCGGAGUCUAUACAGAUUUUAUUGUCUAUCAGCUUGAAUGGGUCACUGGUGGGAAGGGAUACGUGCGCUGGAUGCUGGACGGCAGCCCUCUGUUUGAAGUUGCGGCGGAUACAGUUUCUAAUGUGCCUCAGAAUGGAAACAGCAGCAAUCCGCAGAAGCUGAUGCUCGAGGAACCCAUGUCAGUCAUUUUUAACGUAGCGCUGUCGAGCUCAUGGGGUGCGACGCCUCCAAAUGCUGGGAAUGCCUGUCGUGGUGAUGGCUCGGACAAGAAAGUGAACAAGAUUUGCAACGAGUUUCCGAUGUUUAUGAAGAUUGACUACAUUCGGUUGUACCAGGACCAGGGUGACGAUCUAGACACUGACAAUUACAUGCAGGUUGGCUGCGAUCCUGCAAGCCACCCUACUAAGCAAUGGAUUCAGGGCCACAUAAACGAAUAUCAAGAUAAUGACAACCCCGUGAUGGAGGUGAUUGGCAAAGCAUUUUGCAAAACGAACAGCGACUGCACCGUCGGUGGCAAUUAUGCUCAAACAGGUCUAGUGACCGGGUUGUGUGUGGAGUCACGCUGCUCGUGUUUGCAUCCCAAGUCGUGGAAUGGUCCCCGUUGCACGAUAGCUCAGUCCGAGUCCAAAGCUUCAACCCGAGUGUACGGUCCAUCAAUUAUGUUGGCCGUUGGCGUUGCAGCGAUCGUUGCCUUCGUUCUUUUCGUUUUGAUGUGGAAUGGUUGUAGGUCUACAGCAAAGAAGAACCAAGCACUUAUCAAGGCCAGGACGAUGUUUAAAACCAAUUCUGAUGCUCGAGUCGCAAAUGCUGCGAGUAUUUCCAAUGUUUAA